AUGUCUGGGUCAUGGAAUCAUUCGGAUGGUACACAGACGCCAGGUUCUGUGAACGGGUCAAUAUCUGGGGAGGGGGCUGCGAAUCGGUUGCCCCAGCUUGCCCCUCCUGCGGUUAACAUACAGAUUAAACCGGACAUUGAGCAACAACAACAGCAUCAUCACGUGACUUUACCGUCCAUUUCCACUAUCAGCAGUGCUAAUGGUGGUGGUAAUUCUGUUGUGGGUGCACAACACGGCCAUACUCAUGGACACACGCAUACGCAUUCCCAUUCUCAGACUCAAAGUCACGUACAGGAGGCUUUACCGGGAGUUUCGGCCUCUACCGAGUCCAGCAAUAGUGUGGGGUUACAUGAGAGUACAGCUGGAGGUAAUGGUGCGUCUAUUGUAACAAAGAAUAAUAUUCCUAAUUCGACUACCUCCAUCCAGUCCUUAGUUCAACCACCGGAGCAAAUGCCACAGCAGUCUCAAGCCCAAGCCCAUCAGCCACAGCAACCAAUAAUACAAACACAUGCUUCAGAAAUGGAACAGUCUAUGGGCGCUGGCCAAGAUUCUUCAUACAGACCUUUGAAUGUCAAGGAUGCUCUUUCGUACUUGGAACAGGUAAAGUUCCAGUUUAACACAAGACCGGAUGUCUACAAUCACUUCUUGGAUAUAAUGAAAGAUUUCAAAUCUCAGGCCAUUGAUACUCCAGGGGUGAUUCAACGUGUUACGACGCUAUUCCAAGGAUUCCCCAAUUUGAUUCAAGGGUUCAACACUUUUUUGCCUCACGGGUAUAAAAUUGAGUGCUCUUCGAAUCCUGAUGACCCAAUUAAGGUUACUACUCCGUUUGGAACUACAGGGGAGGUUUCUGCGGGCCCACCUCUUCAACAACCGGGCCAGGCUACACCACAGGGGCAGCAACCACAACAACAGCCACAGCAGUUAGGCUCUAUUGGAAGUAUGAAGAUGGAGGACCAAAAUGUUGAAAGGCAACAACAACAACAACAACAGCAACAGCAACACAAUUUGCCUCAGAUAGGUGGCAGCAACCAAGGACAGCCUCCACAAUUGCAGGAACAAUCCAAAAACCAGCAACACACCUUAUUAUCGCAGCAACCAACUCAACCACAACAGUCAUCUCCACCUCAACAAAUGCAACCACAAGCACAGCCACAAGCACAAGUGCAACAAGCUUUACCACAAACACAACCUGUUGCUCAACAACUUGUAAACCAAAACUUCUCCGCUACUAAUGCGGCUAUUAUCUCAGGUAUGCCAGGUCAACAAAAAGCCGGAGAAGUUGAGUUUUCUCAUGCCAUUAGUUACGUCAACAAAAUCAAAACCAGGUUUGCUGAUCAACCAGAUAUCUACAAACAGUUUUUGGAAAUCUUGCAAACUUACCAAAGGGAACAAAAACCAAUCAAUGAGGUUUACGCUCAAGUUACUGUACUAUUCCAACAAAAUCCUGAUCUCUUGGAUGAUUUCAAAAAGUUCCUUCCUGAUUCUUCUGUCGCUCCUCAACAAAAUAUCCAAUCCUCUCCACAGGAAAAUCAACAGAAUGUACUUUCCUCUCAACCUUAUAUCCCACAAGGACAUCCUAUUCAAGGCCAAGGCUACUAUGGUCAACCGGGAAUUGUAAUGCAACAAACUAAUCUUCCACCUUUAGGAAACUUCUCAGCUUCUGGUCAAGCUUCACCUGCAGAAACAAACCAUAUGCUGCCUUCAAUGCAUCAGCAUAUAUCGGGUGGUCAAGUUCUGCCUCAACAUGUUGUCACCCAAGGCAUGUCUAACCAAGAAAUUCCUGUGUCUGACAUGAGAUCAACUAUGAAUGGCGCAUAUAAUCAAAUGGAAUACAUGCAGGCCGCUGCUGGUUAUCAACAACAAAUGGACGGUAUGCAAUAUAUGGAAGCUCCUAUGGCACGUCCUGAAAUUGAUUUAGAUCCAAGUUUGGUUCCAGUAGUUCCAGAACCUAUCCAGCCUCCGGAAGACGCUGUUGCCCUAAGUGAUGAAGUCACUUUCUUUGAUAGAGUGAAGAGAUUUAUUGGAAAUAAACAGGUUUAUGCCGAAUUCUUAAAGAUUCUUAACCUAUAUUCUCACGAUCUUUUGAGCACCUCAGAGCUGGUUUCGAAAGUUGAGUUCUAUUUAGAAAACUCUAAGGAACUCUUCGAUUGGUUCAAGAGUUUUGUUGGUUAUGAAGAAAAACCAAAAAAUAUCGAGAAUAUUGUUCAUGAAAAACACAGAUUAGAUCUAGAUCUAUGCGAGGCAUGUGGUCCUAGCUAUAAAAGGUUACCCAAGGACGAUACCUUCAUGCCUUGCUCAGGAAGGGAUGAAAUGUGCUGGGAAGUAUUGAAUGAUGAAUGGGUCGGUCACCCAGUGUGGGCUUCAGAAGACUCUGGGUUUAUUGCUCAUCGUAAGAAUCAAUAUGAAGACACUUUGUUCAAAAUUGAAGAAGAGAGACAUGAAUAUGACUUUUACAUCGAAUCAAACCUCAGAACUAUCCAGACCUUGGAGACCAUUGCCAAUAAGAUUGCAAAUAUGACCCAAGAAGAAAAGAACAACUUCAAACUUCCCCCUGGAUUGGGUCACACUUCCUUGACCAUUUACAAAAAGGUUAUCAGAAAAGUAUACGACAAGGAUAGAGGCUUUGAAAUUAUCGAUGCCUUGCACGAACAUCCUGCCGUCACUGUACCAAUUGUUCUCAAAAGACUUAAACAAAAGGAUGAAGAAUGGAGAAGAGCUCAAAGAGAAUGGAAUAAGGUAUGGCGUGAAUUGGAACAAAAGGUGUAUUAUAAAUCUUUAGAUCAUCUAGGUCUUACAUUUAAACAGGCUGACAAGAAACUCUUAACAACCAAACAACUAAUCUCAGAAAUAAGCAGUAUCAAGGUUGAUCAAACAAACAAAAGAAUUCACCCUCUAACUCCCAAGCCAAAGAGCCAACUUGACUUUGACAUAAAUGAUCAUGACGUUCUAUUCGAUAUUUUGGAUCUUAUUUUCACAUUCCUUCAUGCGAAUGCCACUUACUCAAAUCCCGAUAAAGUUAAGUUACAACAAUUCUUCAAGGUAUUUAUUUCACUUUUCUUUUCCAUUCCUGUCGAAGAAGUCGAGGAGGCUGUUAAAAAACGGUUUUCUAUGGCCGAACAAGAAAAUGCUGAAGAAGAAACCAAUCCAAACGAACCAGAAAAAUCAAAUAAACGGUCUUUACAAGAAGAGGAUUCAUUAACUCUACGAGAAAUUUUAAGAAGAAAUAAGAAUGCUCGUUCAUCUACUUCGGAGGAAAAUGGUAGCAACUCGUCCACAAAGGCAAAUGAAAAGGAUGAAACUGAAAUUAUUGCCGAAGAGGCCGCGAAACCUUGGUUACUUGGAAGCCUUGUGGAUGAGGCGAAUAGCAGCGGUGUGGUAGGAAAUAGACAUCUGUUCAACCUUUUUGCCAAUACUACCAUCUAUGUCUUUUUCCGUCAUUUGAAUACUAUGUAUGAGAGAUUAUCGGAGGUAAAGGUUAUUGAUAAGGAUGUCACGGAGGAGAUUCAAAACCGUAAGGUAGUUCAAUUUGCGAGCGAUUUGAAUCUAGUGUCAACUCAACUUUCAGAUAUGGGAUUAGACUUUAAAGGGACAAAAGCUUACGAUGAGUUGUUAAGACUAUCAAAAAGGCUUAUUGUCGGUGAUUUAGACCAUCAAUGGUUUGAAGAGAGUCUACGCCAAGCUUACAAAAACAAGGCAUUUAAGAUAUAUACAGUUGACAAAGUUAUUCAAUCCCUUGUGAAGCAUGCACACAGUAUCAUAUCUGAUCCAAAGAAUUCUAUGGUUUUAAUAUUAUUCGAACAAGACAGAUUAAAGAAGGAUACUACAGCUAAAGAACAAAUAUUGUAUCGUUUGAAAGUACGAAACACUAUAGGUGAAUCUGAAAACAUGUUCCGUAUCGAGUUCAACAAUAAAAAUUCACAUACCUGUAUUCAGUAUGUUGCUGUAGAUGAUUUAACGUUGAAAGAGCCUCAAAAUAUGAAAGAAAAAUGGGAUUAUUAUGUUACAUCCUAUUCACUCUCUCAUCCAACAGAAGGUGUAGCAGAAGAUCAAAUUAGCCAACCGUUCCUCGAGAAAAUAGUAGAAAAAGAAGCAGAAUACAUUGACGAAGAAGAACCAAAUAAGAGAUAUUCACCUGAAGGUAUUUCUGAAUCAAAAUUAAAGGUCAAAAUCCACCCCGAGACAUAUCAAUUAAGCUUUGAACCAGGAUCAUCUGAUGUGUUUACCAGGAAAUCAGUCAAUAGUUUCCCAGAACCUAGAGAGGCCAAUACUGCUGAUAAAAUGCGAAACUUUUUAGAUGGAUCCAAUGGAUGGAAAAAGAAUAUUUCUUCAGCAGAUGCAGAACUUGCUGAAGCAAAGACGAAGGAUUUGAAAGAAAAUGGAGUUUUUAAGAUUGAUGAAAUAAAAACUGAUAAAGCCGAAGAAUCAAAUGGUGUGAUUAAUGCAGAAGAAUCAAAAACAAUUGAUAAGUAA